UUUAUUCCUCUCUCUUAAAAAGAGGGAGAAAAGGCUUCUCGUUGUAAAGAGAUUGGUUGUUGGAAGCCUCUCUUUCUUUUCUUGGUUUUUUCUUUCGUUGUAAAAGAGGAAAGAAUAAAGAGUCAAAAGGGAGGAGAAAAAGCGAAGAACACAACAGGAAUAUUGAUUGGUUUCCAUUUAAUCUAUCAGCAGAAUAGAAAGUCGAUCAUGAAUGGAUACUCCAGCAAAAGAGGUGUUGCUACGAGUAGAGCACCUAGGAAAGGCGUUAGUUCAAGCUCGGCCCAGGAUCAGAAUGUUCAGUUCUGUAACCGAAUAGGAUGCAGUGGAAGAAUCAAGUACGGGAAUCAGAAUACGAAAAUUAGAAGCUCGGACAAUGGCAAAAGCCCCAAGUCCUCGUUUUGUUCUUCAAGCGGGAAUGGAGCGGUUGAAGCUUUGUCUAAGAGUGGUUCUGUGGUGAUCAGGGAAAAGGCGUCGUAUCUUGAUACAAAGAAAAGGUUGCCAUUUGAUCAACCUGAAAGUAGUCAGUCGGGCGAUUCAGAAGCCUCACAGUCGACAUCCUCACUGGGUAGGAGUCUUGCAGCUCAUAACUCUGGAUCAGCAAGCAAGUCUGGACAGAAUCCCGUGGCGAAAAAUGGUAGUGGGAGUGUUCCAUCGAGUGUUAGAACUCGAAAAAGGGUUCAGAAUACCUCGGGUCCGAACAAGCAAAAUACUCAGACAGCUCCUGCUGUUUCUCCCACUACUAAUAGUGGUAAUAACAGAAGUAGGUGCCUGAAAAACCUCAAAAGCAACGCGGUCUCAGAUUCCGUACCACCUAGUUGUUCAUCGUCGGGGUCAAAAUCUCCCUGCAAGAAUGUGAUGAGGAAGAGAAGUCUAGAAGGGGUUAGCAGCGAGCCUGGUAGAGGGAGACAGACAGUUGUAUCUACACAUGCCUCGUCUUCGAGCAGCAGUGCCUCUGGUUCAGAUAGCACCACUUCUGGUUCGGCCAGGACAGGAGGGUCGGGUAACGUAAACAAGAGUAGGUCAAUGAGGCUCUCUUCUCGACAAAACGGGAGAAAUACCUCGAGCCUUAGAGAAUCCUCCCUCCGCCUCUCCCAUCCCGAACCACCUAGAAGCACUGGCUGGCCAAGAUUACCGCAGCAAUACUCUCCCAACGCCCCUUCGAGUGGGUUGAGCUCGUAUAGCCUCUCCCCUUCUAGUAAUAGUGAUGACAAUCGGUCCACUUUGAUGCCUUACACUGUAAUGGAGCCUGGCUACAGCCAUUUUGCCAACCGCGACAUGUUGCAACGAUACAAUAUGGACGGUAUUGCUGAGGUAUUACUCGCACUCGAAAGGUUCGAGCAGGACGAAGAAAUGACACAUGAGCAAAUACUCGCAUUGGAGACGAGUUUAUUCCUCAGUGGCCUCAAUCUAUACGACCAGCACCGGGACAUGAGACUGGAUAUUGAUGACAUGUCGUAUGAGGAGUUGUUGGCUCUAGGGGAUAGCAUGGGAACGGUUAGCACGGCCCUCUCAGAAAACGAACUAUUCAAGUGCAUCAAGCGACGCGUACAUCAGGGUGCCCUGACAGAAAAAGUAUCGGGCGAAGACGGAGAUGAUGUCAAAUGCAGCAUCUGCCAGGAGGAGUACGUGAAGGGGGACGCUAUCGGGGAGUUAGUCAAGUGUGAGCACGCGUAUCACGUCGCGUGCAUAAGUCAGUGGCUGAGGCUCAAGAACUGGUGCCCUAUUUGCAAGAGUGCUGCAGCUCCAUCACAACCAUCUUCUUCAUCUUCUUCUCUCUCUUAAUGCAAAUGUUUCUUUUGAUCUGUACAUUAAUGGAUUGUUUCUGGUCUUUGAAUUUUUUUUAUUUUGUAAAUAUCAUUAUAUUCAAUAUCCUAAGGCAUUUUGGUGAAAA